AUGUCAGGCAUGUUUCGGUAUGCUGCAGCGGCGCCACGACAGGCGGUCUGGGCGACCGCUCGAAGCCUGCCAGCCCCUCCUUGGUCUCAACAGACAUUCUCUACAUCUUCAAAAUCAUCGUCCCGACCUGCAAACCGUAGCUUCCCUGCCAUCUUCAUGCGUGGCGGCACAUCCAAUGGCCUCGUCAUACGCAGGAGCGACCUCCCUCCCGAGGAAGAAUGGCACACCGUUUUACCUGCUGCCAUGGGUUCGCCAGACCCUUACGGCAGGCAAUUGGACGGCAUGGGCUCUGGCAUAUCGUCUACUUCCAAGAUCAUCAUCCUCUCGCCACCAUCACGCCCUGGCGUUGAUGUCGACUAUACCUUCGUACAGGUCGGCAUCAAAGACGGAAAGCUCGACAUGGCGGGCAACUGUGGUAAUCUCUCGUCUGUCGUUGGGCCCAUGAGUCUUGAUGAAGGUCUCGUCAAAACCCCACAGCUCACUACUGUCGACGGCCACACUGUAGCAUCCGUCCGCAUAUUCAACACCAACACCUCCAAGACGAUCGUCUCGCAAUUUCGCGUCGAAGGUAGUCCACCCCGUUUCGUCCCGCAUGGUGAUUACAUCAUGGACGGGGUGCCUGGUCCCAGCAGCAAAAUCACACUCAAAUUCAUCGACCCUGCUGGUGCCAAAACAGGCAAGGCUCUGCCGACGGGCAACCCCGUGGACAUUCUUCGCCUCGAUGACGGAUCAUCCAUUGCAGCGUCACUCGUCGACGUCAGCAAUCCGGGCGUCUUCAUCCGAGUGGCCGACCUCAACCUGCCGAACCACGAGAGCCUCAAUCCGGACUCGGUUGAAGCGGACUUGCCGCUGAAGGCUAAGCUGGCAAACAUUAGGGCUGCCGGUGCCGCAGCCAUGGGUCUAGAUCCAUCUAUUGAGAGCGUUCCCAAAAUUGUCCUUCUCUUCCCUCGCGACAACUUGUCUGGCGCCGAUUCGGACGUAGAUGUCCGCUGUCUGGCGUUGUCCAUGGGCCAGGCUCAUAAGGCUGUGCCCCUGACCUUGGCACUGUGCCUGGGCGCCUCGUGUCGUAUCCCCGACACCCUGGCGUAUCAACUCCUGCCAGAAACGAGGAGGAGCUCGCAGUCUGCUGUCGUCAUUGCUCAUCCCAGCGGCAGGGUCGAGAUUGGAACGACAAUGAGCGGCGAGGCCGGGAUCGCCUCGGCCGACCUUCUCCGUACCGCACGAGUACUCAUGCGCGGCCAGGUUUAUUAUUAA